AUGCCUGCACUUCCUGCUCAUCUCGUCCGCCGCGUUCUCGACUUCGGGGCUUCUUCACAAGAAUUCUCCGCGCAGUGGAAGAACCCAUCGGACGUUUUUUCUGUUCUUCUCAUACUCGGCGGCGAUGUGGUCGCUCGCGCCCUCGCACAGCUUGCUGGCUCGGGUAUCACACCUGUGGCAUUCUCAUUUGGAUGGGUAGCCUACGCUGUCACGGCCGUCGUCUCUGCCGUUGGCGAAAAUAAGCUCAUGCCGCUGCCCGACUGCGCAUGCAAAGUGAUUAACGGAAAGACUGGCUACGUACGAGAUAACUGCAGUUGGGUUCUUGGCCGUAUAGUGAGGGACUACGAGAGCUGGAUGGAUGCCGGAAAUCCAAAUGGAGCAAUACACGCUCGCGUCAACAAAAUGAUCGAUGAUAAAUGGGCGAAAGAGAUGUCAAUGUCGGGAUCCGCUGUUGAGAAACCCACACAAGCUGGUCUCUGCGUAUCUGUUUAUAGCGCGGAGAAAGCCCGGCCAGGUCAUUUACGGGUCAAGGACUACAUAAUUGGCCUUGCGACGGCUGUAAUACAGCUACUCAUGGGUGCAAUUCCAUGCUUCUUAUUCGGAGACUGGUCCGUUCUGCUAGUCACAGCUGCGGGUAUGUUCCUGGUUCUGCUCAGCGGCAGCCUCUCCCAGUGGGCGAAAGAGAAAUGGGCCUGCCGAAAAGACUCCAAGAAGACUGUCAUUCUGACUAGAGGCAACGGUAGUCAGCAUGCCAUCGUGAUCAUCGGACAAGCGAAGGGCUUAGAUCUCGAGGAUCUGGCUGCAGGACCCAUGAACGUCAACGUAUCGGCAUCGUACAAAACCAGGGUUACCGUCAUUGGACUCGCUUUAUGCUGGAUCCUAUUACUUAUCACUGCUGCUGGCAUACAAGAAAAUACUUGGUUUCUUCUUGCCGUUGGAGGGAUCGGCAUCGUCCAGAACGUCUUCGUGGCUGGUUGGAAACGCCGGCCGGAAGACUUUGGCAUUCCUCUGAAAUUCGAAAAGGUUAUCGGUGAUGCAAAAGUGAUGGAAUGUCUACUGGAAGUCGAGAAAACCCUUCCUUAUGUUGGGCGAAGUAUGCGAGAUACAUUCUUCCCUGGUACCUUGAGGCCUGAGGAGAAGGCUAAAUGGGAUGCAUUGGAGACUAACGCAAAGGACCGCGAAAAGGAUAUGGCCAAAAGUUCAUAG